CUGUAUACUGUACAACAAGAGGACUUGAGACAACCAAUGACUGUGAAAACAUGAGUCACUAUCUGUGAUCAAGGCGAGUAAAUAACACGGUGAUUUGUUAACAGACAGGAAGAAAUAGCGUCGUGUGAUAAAGUGCUGUAUCAAUGAAUUAUAAAUUGUACAGGGCUUCCUCUGUUCGGAAGAGUCCUCCGUGUGACCUGGGCAUGUGUAAUUCAUCAGACAGUCAACAACAUUUACGACUAGGUGGGAGAUUCUCCACCGAACUGUGAUGAACGGACACUCAAAUCGAAAGAAAUUACCAUUGUUCUUACAACCACUUAUAAACUCAAGUCUUCUAGUAUUUUGCGUCGUUUCAGGGAGCCAUUCAAGAAGGGUAUGGUUACAUCCGGGCGGCACUGGCUACGCAACGAUGGAUAUAAAUACCUCCUACUGGUUGUAUGGCUGGGAAUCAACGGCCUUGUGUUCUGCAGAACGUAUAACGAAUACAAAACGGGACCACAGUAUUUCUAUCUUCGACAGAUGUUAGGGAAAGGAUUGUGCAUAUCACGUGGUACUGCCGAUGUGUUAAACCUAAACUGUGCGAUGGUGUUACUUCCGAUGUGUAGAACGCUGCUGACGUGUCUGAGACGCUCUCACAAGGUUGCUAAGCGACGCGUACGAAGGUUCAUCGACCAGGCGAAGCAAAUUCACAUGGUUUGUGCGAUCCUUGUCUGUCUGGCAGGUGCGGUGCAUACUAUUGGUCAUAUUACGAACGUCAUAAAUUCCUCUCAGCGGUACAAUAACAAUUACCCAGAAAUCAAUUUGGCAAGCUGUCAAGAUGAGGAUCCGCGAAAAGUACUUUUUUGUUCUGUUGCUGGUGCUACAGGUUUUUCAAUGAUGAUAAUUUUAUUUGUAAUUGUGACGUCAUCAACAAAGGCAGUCAGGACUGCUAGCUAUGAAAUAUUUUGGUAUACUCACCAUUUAUUUAUUGUUUUUAUAUACUUCUUUUAUUCCAUGCAUCAAGGUUGCCUGAUUCAGAAUAAGACUGAUAUAAUGGCAUAUGCCGAAGGCUCCAUGGAUUGGGAUUCGUCUUCAGUUACGUGUAAAGAAAUGCCAAUAUUUAUAAGGAUACCUCAACAGACUUGGAUGUGGGUGGUCGUACCGCUCACGUGCUAUGCCAUAGAAAAGAUAUGUCGAUUUCUGGGAAGUCGAUACCGCGAGGCAAAUAUUCAAGAAGUCGUUCAUCAUUCAUGUGACGUCAUCGAAAUACGUUUCACGAAAGAAAAAUUUCGAGGUAAAGCGGGGCAGUACAUUAUGGUGAAUAUACCGAGCAUUUCUUCUAUGGAAUGGCAUCCGUUUACUCUAACAGCGUGCCCGAAUCCUGAAAUUGCAUCAUUUAGCAUUCACAUCCGGGUUCUCGGUGACUGGACGGUUCGUUUACAAGAGCUGACCAGUCUGGAGGAAGAUCAUACGCAAGAAUAUUCAUUAUCUCAAUGCAGAAAAUAUCCAAAUAUGUAUAUAGAUGGUCCAUUUGGAAGUCCAAGCCAAGAUAUACUGAAAUACAAUGUUAGCGUAUGCAUUGCUGGUGGGGUAGGAGUGACGCCGUUUGCUGCCAUUUUAAACAAACUCAGGUAUAACUCUGAUGACCCUAAAAAACUACGUCGUGUUUACCUUAUAUGGAUGUGUAGAGAUGUAGCUUGCUUCCAGUGGUUUUCAAACCUGAUAUUUGAACUACAUACAAAGUUAUGGGAGUGCAAUAAGCCAGAUUACUUCAACGUUCAGCUGUAUCUUACUGGUGACCAGCAUUACUAUGGAGAUAUGCCGCAACAGAAUAGUGACAUAAUGCGCAAGAAUGACUUCCUAAAUCACAGGAUUACCUUUGGUAGACCGAGAUGGAAAUCUGUCUUUAAAGAAAUUUCAAAAAUGCACCAACAGUCAGAAGUCGGAGUGUUUGUGUGUGGCCCUCGCAGCUUGUCCCGUUCAGUGCACAAACGAUGUAACCAGAGCAACAAGUACAACACGCGGUUCAUCUAUCACAAAGAAAGCUUCAGUUAA